GCGGAAAAGACAUGCUGACUCGAAACGGCAAUAAAAUGAAAUAAAACGGAGCUGUGAAAAGUUUUAUUUAACCGUGCAGCGUUUAGACCGAACUGCAAAACAAGUUUUAUAUUGAUGUUGACUUUUGACUGAGAAAUACAUUUCUGGUACAAUUACUCUAGUGGUUCGUUGAAGAAGGUAUUUGUUUGCAAUAUCACAUGUACAAAGCAGUUAAAACUAGUGUAAGAAAAGUUGAAAAUUACGUGAUACUUCAAUUAAUCGUCGAACCUAACCUCAUACUCGAUUUUGUAACACGGAAAGGAGAUGUCAGUUUAGCAAGUACAAACCAAUUGUAUUACGGAUCCUUUGAAUCUCCUUAAUUUUUCUGAUUACUUACGUCUUUGCUGCGUGUUAAAAGAGGGAUGCCACGCAGCAAACGUAGAGCGCCCUCUAGCACAAAUCAUCAUCAUACAUCAAUUGAAAUGACACCUAGUGCUCAUGAAGAAGCUAUACCAAGACAUCCGUCAAAACGACUUAGACAUACAUCUAGUGCAAGACGUUAUACUAAAACAGAAGAUGUCUCAAGUACUUCAUUCUUUUCCCAAAAGAGAUGUAUUACAUGGUUUAGAGAAUACACAACACCUGAUGAUUCAGACACACUUGGUCCUGAAGGAAUGGAAAAGUUUUGCGAAGAUAUUGGUGUAGAACCUGAAAAUGUAGUAAUGCUUGUUCUUGCAUAUAAAAUGAAUGCCCGUCAAAUGGGUUUUUUCACACUAAGCGAAUGGUUAAAAGGCCUUUCGGAAUUACAGUGUGAUUCUAUUAGUAAAAUACAACAGAAACUUGAGUACCUAAGGAAUCUAUUAAAUGAUCCACAUACUUUUAAAGGAAUUUACAGAUAUGCUUACGAUUUUGCUAGAGACAAAGAUCAAAGAAGCAUGGAUAUGGAGACUGCAAGAGUUAUGUUACAGUUACUUUUGGGAAAACAUUGGCCACUGUUCACACAGUUUGCUCAGUUCCUAGAUCAAUCAAAGUACAAAGUGAUUAAUAAAGAUCAGUGGUGCAACAUUUUAGAAUUUUCUCGUACAAUCAAUCAAGAUGUAUCUAAUUAUGAUUUAGAUGGAGCAUGGCCAGUAAUGCUUGAUGAAUUUGUUGAAUGGUUAAAAAUGCAACGAGGUAAGGAAGCGUCAUCGACAGAAAUUAGAGGCAGCUGAAACAUUCAAUAAAAAUAGUCCACGGAAAUAAAAAGAACUCAUCUCUUCUAUCAUCAUAUUUUGUUAAUAACAAAAUUUCUGUUUAUAUCAUAACCUCGCAAACAUUUCAGUUAUCACCAUUCGUACUAUAUUUUUUAUUAAUCGGUAAUGUAAGUAGCUUAUCUUAAUAUAAUUUUGCAGUAUGUUCUAAACAAGUUCUGCUUAAAAACUUCCUAGACCAUUCUUAAUUACUUAUCACCAUUCAUAGCUGAUCCAAUGCUUGUCGCAGAAACUCUUGUGAUUCAAAAUAAAGCUGUUUUAGUAUAUGACAUAUUUUUGCAAUUUAUAAAAUAAAAAUUCAAUUAUGAAAUCAUAGGAAUAUGAAAAUCUAAUAUUUUCAUAUUAACAUUUCUUAUGCAUAUAACAUUCUUUUGCCUUAUUUUUGUUUCGUUUUCUUAAGUUUAACAAGUGAUUAUAAAAAACACAUUUAGGGUGUUUUUAUUUCAUGUGCAAAUUUCAAACAUUACAAAUAAAUUUAUUUAUGAAUA